GUCAGCUUAGUACUCCCUCUAGAACAAACACUCUUUAAAUUAAUGGUCACGCUGGAAUCCUUUCACAAUUUCACUCACCUAUCCUUUUGAUCUCUCUCUCUCUUCAUUGGGUUGUUAGCCAUGGCUUUGGUGGCUAAAAGAGAACUGGCUUGCUUUUUCUUGAUGAUGAUGAUCAUGGCUUUCUCUGGGGCCUGCAUGGCUGCUACUUACAUUGUGGGAGACUCUGCUGGAUGGACUAUCCAAAUCCCUGUUGAUUAUACCAAGUGGUCUUCCACCAACAACUUCCAUGUUGGUGACAAAAUCGUUUUUACAUAUAAUAAGCAAUUCCACAAUGUGUUGCAAGUAACCCAUCAAAAUUUCCAGUCUUGCAAUGCAACUUCUCCAAUUGCCUCCUACACCUCUGGCUCCGACUCCAUCACCCUAAAAAGCCCCGGCAACUUCUAUUAUCUCUGUGGCGUACCUGGCCACUGCCAAGCCGGUCAGAAGGUUCCAAUCAAGGUCAUCAGAGCUUCAGCAAGAAGUCCAAGCUUAGCUCCAAGUGAAUCAGCUCUAUCAGGCUCACCUUCUGCUUUCAUAGCACCUAGCCCAUCUCCAAGCAGUGCUCCAAUUAUCCAGUCUUCCAAGUUUUGGUUGGCUGUGACUGCUCUUGCAUUUUAUCUUAUUGGUUAGCUUAUUAGUGUAAAAGUCAUUAUGUCUACUAAUCAUUUGGGAUUGUAUUACCAUAUAUCUGUUGGGAUUGAUGGCCACUUUCAUAUGCAUGAUAUAAGUUAAUACCUAAUACCUUGUCGACUGCACUUUAAAUGGAUAGAGAAUUUCAAUGGAAUAUGCCACUUUAGUGUGCUA